GCUUAACUUCUCAGCUGACUGCCUCGCUGUUCACCUGAGCUUUAGAGUGGACGAGUAGAUCUGUCUGUCGUCAGCACACAUCAUGCUCCCAGACAAAGAUGGUCCGGAGGUGGGCAGCGGGAGCAGUUCUUCCGCAGGAGAGGACCCCUCAGUCAGCCUCUUCAGACAGUACCUCCGCCUCAAAACUGUGCAUCCAGAACCAGACUAUGAUUUAGCGCUUCAGUUUUUGGACAAAAUUGCAAAAGAACUGGACCUGCCUACAAAGAAGAUUGAGGUAUUUCCCGGCAGAGUCGUCACCAUCAUGACUUGGGAGGGAACCAACCCAAAGCUGAAGUCCAUUUUAUUAAACUCCCACACAGAUGUGGUCCCCGUUUUCCCGGAACACUGGAAAUAUGAUGCUUUCAGUGCUUUCAAAGAUGCAGAUGGCAACAUUUAUGCCCGUGGAUCACAGGACAUGAAAUGUGUGACUAUACAAUACAUUGAAGCUAUCAGAAGACUGAAGGGCAAGGGACAGAAAUUAACACGCACUGUUCACUUGAUGUUUGUUCCUGAUGAAGAGGUUGGGGGCCAUAAAGGAAUGGAAACAUUUGUGAACCAUCACGAGUUUCACAAAUUAAAUAUUGGCUUUGCGCUUGACGAGGGCCUUGCUAACCCUACGGAUGCCUUUACAGUUUUCUAUGGAGAAAGAAACCCCUGGUGGAUCACUAUCCACUGUCCUGGCAGUCCAGGGCAUGGCUCCAGAUUUGUGGAAAACACAGCUGCUGAGAAACUUCAUCAUAUCAUUAACUCCUUCCUGGGCUUCAGAGAAAAAGAGAAACACAGGCUAAACACCAGUGAGUGCCUUACUCUGGGGGAUGUGACCACUGUGAAUAUGACUAUGGUAAAAGGAGGUGUGGCCUACAAUGUCAUCCCGGCAGAAAUGGACGUUAGCUUUGACCUCAGGAUCCCACCCACAGUAAAUCUACAGGAGUUUGAAUGUCAAAUCAAAAAGUGGUGUAAAGAAGCAGGGGAGGAUGUCACCUAUAAAUUUGCCCAGAAACAUAUGGAUCAAAAGGUGACCUCUACAGAAGACGGUGAUCCCUGGUGGAGUGCCUUUAGUGCAGCAUGCAAAGAAAUGAACAUGAAAUUGGAAAAGGAGAUAUUCCCUGCUGCUACUGAUAGUCGCUUUAUCAGAGCGGUUGGUCUUCCUGCCAUUGGAUUCUCCCCAAUGAACCGGACCCCAAUCCUACUGCACGACCAUAAUGAAUUCUUGAAUGAGCAGGUGUUCCUCAGGGGCAUCAGUAUUUACCAGAGACUCAUCCCAGCGCUGGCCUCUGUCUCUGCUCUCCCAGAUGAAAAGUAGACCUCCUGCAGUAACAGUUCACAUAGGAUAUUUUGAUUUUACUUGAAAAGCUUACCAAAGAUUUAUCUCUUUAUGUAAUUAAUAAGGAAUAGUACCCCUUGUGCUACAGUUUUACUUUCUCAGGCUUGGACACAGUGUUGCUGUGUCUGUAGACAGCUCUGUGAGUGCCUAUAUGCAUUUUUGGAUAUAUAUCGGCAAACAAGGUUUAACACCAGAAACUAUAUUACUGUGAAAAAUUGACUUCUUUUUAAUGAUAAUUUUAAAAUAAUUUAAAAUGUUUUCAAAUAAUUUAUUAAUCAAUAAAUAUAUUUGUCUAG